AUGGAGGAGGAAGUCACGACCAGCGAGCUGAGGAUAGGCGUAGAAAAAGAAACUCAAGUGCCAACUUUGGUGGAAGAAUUUCCAGGGUUUCUUAAACUUUAUGACGAUGGACGAAUUGUUCGCAGUGAGGAUCUGAUUGUGAGCCUUCCUCUCUCUGUUAACACUAGAGAUGUUGUAGUAGAUGAGGCACUCGGCCUUUGGGUGCGCCUCUUCCUUCCUCCGCAAACCCCUACCUCCUCCAAGUUAACUGUCGGGCUUUUCUUCCAUGGCGGCGGCUUUUGUUUCUUUUCACCUGCGUAUCAUUAUUCCCACACUUUUUGCGAAAAGUGGGCUGCAAGCUUUGGAGUAAUGAUAGUUUCAGUGAAUCACAGAUUGGCCCCUGAGCAUCGCCUUCCUGCCGCCUAUGAUGACUCCAUGGCCGUACUCCAAUGGCUUUUCUCAACUGAGCGCGCUUCUGAUCCCUGGCUCGAUGCCCACGCCGAUUUGAGCAAUGUUUUUGUGAUGGGGGAGAGCUCGGGAGGGAAUAUAGUGCAUCAUCUCCUCCUGCGAGUCCAUGCUUGCGAUAUCUUUAACAAUAUCAGAGGAGCGAUUCUCAUUCAGUCUUUCUUUUCAGCGACAGAUCGUACGCAUUCGGAGAAUGUAUGUCCACUCGAUGUUUUGGUGACUGUAGAAGCAUGUGAUAGAUAUUGGAGAUUGGCAUUGCCCUUAGAAGCGCAUGGAAAUAGGAAUCACCCAUUCAGCAACCCGGUCAUGUAUUUGCCUUCACAGUUCAGUGGUGUGAUUAGCAUUCCUCCCAUGUUGGUUGUGGUUGCAGGGAAAGAUUGUUUGAGGGAUAGAGGAGUCGAGUACUACGAAGCCAUCAAAUCCUCAGGCAAGUGUAAGCAUAUUGAUUUGAUGGUGUUUGAAAACGAAGACCAUGGGUUUCAUCGUUGUUUCAGGGACAAAGACGAAGAUAAUCCAACAGCAAUACGCGAACUAAUGCGCAAGGCAGAGCUCUUUCUGGCUUCCAACAGCCAUUGA